UCCGUCGAUCCGUCAUCCAGCGCCUUGCUUGGGUUGUUUGUGUUCCAUUGUUUAUUGUUGAUUGUUCCAUUGUUUGGUUUCCAUUUUUCCAAGUCCAAACUAUUGGUUUCCAAGUCCAAACUAUGGGUUUUGGAAUUCAUUGAACAUAAAGCCAAAUUCAGACAUCGAAGAAGAUUUUUGAUACAUUUACUAUUCUCUCCGACUUGUGGUUUAAUUUCCCAAGCAUUGUUGUGAUGUUUACUCAGAACUGAAAAAUUGUAUCUUGGGUCGGUCACUGGGCUUCGCCUACACUGCUACUUAUUAGCAUUCCUUCAACAUGCUUCUUCAGAUUGUAAUAACACUAAUCCCUUUAAUCAUUUCCACGGAAUCCUUGAGCAAGGGCAGUAGAUGCAGUGAUAAGACUGGAGAAGAAUGGUUUUGUCCUGGGAAAAACUUUCCGAGCCACUUCACAAGAUGCUGCUGGUAUAACACCACUGAGUGUUGUCCUGAAGUUAUUGAAGUGUAUCAGGCAGAAAACAGGACGGUGACAAUUGUUGGAAUGUGUGUCAUAUCAUCAUGCAUAUUGAUUGCUAUCUCAAUAGCUGUGUGCUGCUUCUGGUCCCCUUGUCCUCUCUCAAAUAUGUGCAGUGUUAACUACACAUAUGGCAAUAUUAUUGCUCAAACUAAAGAAGACAGUUUAGAUAUACCAACUGAGAACUGUGAUGGAUCCAGAAACUACACUCCAAUACAUGUCAAAAUGAAGCCUGUUGAGGACGUAUAAUUUGAAACAUGAACCGUCCACUCCAACAAUGAUACCCUGACUUCACACAUUCGAUGCCUGCGAGAAAACUACAACAUUUUACACUUUUUAUCAACGACAACACAUUUGGAUUAACACAUUCAAAGCUUGCAGAUCAAUUUCACCUAGCCACUACGCUUUUGAGACUGCAAAAAGAAGAAACUAGUUCUAGUAUUAAUCCUCAUUUGACGGUAAAUAUUUUUGCUAGUAUUAUCAUGUUUUCCAUUUUUAGACAGGCUUGUAAGUUAUGGGAAUUAUGGCAGUAUUAUUACUACGAUUUUAAGAUUCAGUUUAUCACUCCUUAAUCGCUCAACCAAUGCAAAACUAUUAAUACUACAUCAUUUUAUUUUCAUGACCUGUAGGUCCUCCAAAUUCUACUUGGUGACUUCCAGCUAUUUGUAGAACCAUAACUUGACUUUUACCCUUUUUCUCGAGUUUUUGGUUCUCCUCGACCCUUCAGGACAGAUAACUUGUCCUAGCCCAUGUUCUUCAAUUAUAUUGUUUGCCUUCUUUAUUCAAAGGACUGAGGUGGGGACAGUUUAAAGCUAUAGCAAAGGACUACUAAGGGACUUAGCCUCUUGGAUUAAGGUAGACAAGCAAUUUAUUGAAGACCAUGGACUAGGCCAAACUAUUUGCCCCCUUGGAUUAAUGUAGACAAGCAAUUUAUUGAAGAACAUGGACUAGGCCAAGCUAUUUGCCCCCUUGGACUAAGGUAGACAAGCAAUUUAUUGAAGACCAUGGACUAGGCCAAGCUAUUUGCCCCCUUGGACUAAGGUAGACAAGCAAUUUAUUGAAGAACGUGGACUAGGCCAAGCUAUUUGCCCCCUUGGACUAAGGUAGACAAGCAGUUUAUUGAAGAACAUGGACUAGGCCAAGCUAUUUGCCCCCUUGGAUUAAGGUAGACAAGCAGUUUAUUGAAGAACAUGGACUAGGCCAAGCUAUUUGCCCCCUUGGACUAAGGUAGACAAGCAAUUUAUUGAAGAACAUGGACUAGGCCAAGCUAUUUGCCCCCUUGGAUUAAGUUAGACAAUCAAUUUAUUGAAGACCAUGGACUAGGCCAAGCUAUUUGCCCCCUUGGAUUAAGGUAGACAAGCAAUUUAUUGAAGACCAUGGACUAGGCCAAGCUAUUUGCCCCCUUGGACUAAAGUAGACAAGAAAUUUAUUGAAGACCAUGGACUAGGCCAAGCUAUUUGCCCCCUUGGACUAAGGUAGACAAGCAAUUUAUUGAAGAACAUGGACUAGGCCAAGCUAUUUGCCCCCUUGGAUUAAGGUAGACAAGCAAUUUAUUGAAGAAUAUGUACUAUUUGUCCUGAAUGAUACGAAGAUAACCAACAACCUGAGAAAAAGGGCAAACAAUUGAAAUUUAUCAAAAAUUAGGUGGACGUUAUUAUUUUUCUUCCGAGAGACUAUAAACGGUGUAUAACCAACAUAUUAUGUGGAAUCUGUACAAUUACUACAAUAAUACCGUACAAUUUCACCUAGUACACAAGUGUACUCUCAAAGAAAGUUUCAAAAGCUCGAUUUGAAUGAAUUUGACCAUUUAAAUUUGAAUCAAUAUUAGUUUUGCAUUGUAAGCGUUCCAUGUAUUUUGUUGUAAUUUUUUCUUUUUUAUUUUCCAACUAAAUUCGAUCCAAAUUAGGUUUCCACAAUAUUUACUCUAAAUAAAAAUUAAUUCAAAAAUGAUCAAGAUAGGUUAAUAAACGUACAGUAACAUUACUGACCAUACUUCACUCUUAGAAUAAUAGAUGUGCUUUCUAGCAAUAAGAAAGUCAGUGAGAACUACCCACUUCUGAUUCACAAUAUCAUAUUUUUUGUGUGUUUUGUGUCCAUUUUACAUUUAAAUAUUUUCGCUGUGAUCUUCUUUGAUCUCAUUCCAUUGUACAGCUUCAAUCAAAUUAUUGUGUGCUGCUUUCAUGUAUGUAUGCAUUGAAAUAUUAUCAUAAUUUAUCAUGUAGAUUACAGUGUUAGAAGCUUCAACUUAAUAUUUGUAUGUGUAGGUUACUCAUGAUAUGGUUGUAACAUAAUAUAUGUGUUUGAAGUGUGGAAAUUCAUGAAUAUGCUCAACUUAGCAAUGCGUGAACGCAUGAUACGCGUUCGAACAUAUACGAAUCUUUUCAGAUUCACUCUCAGUCUCAAAGGCUGGUUUGGAAGGAGUCUUUGGAUGAUUUACUUCUACAGGAUGUCUGAUAAGUCACUCCCUAUUUUUAUACAACUAUAAUUUCUUUAUGAACCAAAUUUGUUAGAACAGAGGUUGAUGCCUCAUUUCAAGUCACAUCUUUCUUCUUCUUCUUUUCUACUUCCUCUCUUCCUUCUCGAGGAUUUGAGCUCUUUUCAAUAACAUUUGAAUUCAACUUGGAGUUACUAGUCUUCUCCAAUUUACAAAAUACGGAAUUAUCGAACAUGUUGAUGACGAAACGCAGCAAAAAAUAAUUGCAAUAUGGAUGUCAAUGAAAUUUUUGGUAGCUCGAGAAGCUCAUCACCAAUCUUGAAAGAUGUACUUACGAAUGAGAAUGGGUUAGAGAAUGAGGUUGAAAAGUACAUGGUGAACGAAAAGGAGUCUCGAACUCGCCGUAGGGCAACCAAUGUUUGCACCAGACUUUAGCACUAUGAGAGCACACAGGGCGAGACCUGGCCUGUCCCCGGCUAGCAGCUGGUCAUUGGGCUUGUACGACGCACUCCCCGAAGUUUCGCCAAGUUUCGCAGCUCAAGAAACUCAUCUACUAUCUUGAAGGAUAUAGGUACUUACGAAUAAAAAUUGGAUAGAAAAUGAGGUUGAAAAGUACCAAAAAAUGGCCCUACGGGGAUGUUAGGACUCCUUUUCGUUCGCCAUGUACUUCUCAACCUCAUUCUCUAACCCAUUCUCAUUCGUGAGUACAUCUUUCAAGAUUGGCGACGAGCUUCUCGAGCUGCAAAAUAUUUCAUUGGACAUUUGCAGCCAAUCCAUCAUCAUAAUAUUACUAUUAUUCUAUCUUCGUACUCAAAAAUAAGUUUGGAUAGUAAAAUUCCAUAACCAUUCUCAUCAUUUUGUAGCCUAAAUUAGGAUAGAUAAAUAGCUCUUUGAAUAAAAGUCUUUCGAAAUACCCAUUCCUCAGCAUAUUACAAAAGACGUACUAAGAGCUUUAAUUCAUGUUGUGACUUCACAGCUCCAAAAUUAUUAUGAGUAUGGUAAUGGUAUCCUUUUAAUGUAUAUUAAUUAAUAUUUAUGUUUUCCAGCUUCAUAACUUAUAUCAAUCAUCAAUAUAUUAUAUUCAGUACAAAGAAAAAUAAUUUUAACACUAGUCAUUGUUGAAUAAACGGGCUCCACGCUGCUUGAUUAAUAUUUUGCUUACUCCAUUCCUAUUUUUUUAUUACUGACGCUUAAUACUUUUUAAUUAGUAUAACUUGACAAUUAAUCUAGCUGUUUCCGUUUUUUGUGAGCUAUUCCCAUAUUAUGUUUUCAAUGAUCAUGAUAUUCAAGACGUCUUUUCCGCUAUGAUUGUAUUACAAAUGUAUAAAAUUAAACUUUUUCAUGUAACGUUUCCAUAACUUGAUAUUUUUCAAGUUAUUAUCUGCAUAAAUUAUUAAUCAUUCAAUGUUUUACUCUAUUAUAAUGAAAAUUGUUUCAAAUUCUACUUGUUAAAUUCCAAAGGUACAACUAUGCAACACGCAUUAGGUACUCAUUGCCAUUCAUUAUGCGCUCAAAAAGAUGUAAGCAUAUUUUUAUUGGAAAGUGAUGUGAUAUAUGUAUUGUAAUAAUGUUUUCUUGUACUAGCUAUAACAUUAUUAUUAUUAUCAAGACUGGAAAGUAUUCUAAAGUCUUCACAAACACUCCAUGUAGUAGGUAGCCUAUGUUAUUAAUUUACAAUUCCCAUGAUAUUAUAAAUUAUUUUGUAAUUGUAAGAUUUGAAGAAAUUCAACUAGCUGGCAUAGACUGCUAGAAAACUAGCCAAUGAUAAUCAAGAGACUGCUUUCGUUUUAUUUUGUCAUAGAUACACAUUUUAUUUAUUGUUAUUAGAACAAUCCCACAUUUUUACUGGAAUAUUUAUAGAAUUAUUGCAGUAUUUAUUAUUUUACAUGGCAGCUGUUUUAGUUUCUGCUUUUCAUAUUUUAUCUCUGUUUUCCAUAUUUCAUCGUAGUUAUAUAAUAUUUUUUUAUAUUAUUUUGUGUGGAUUAUUGCAAUUCUUUACCUUGAUGGUUAUCUGAUUCAAUAUUAAAGCAUGUCAAGUCUUUUCACAUGAUAAACUACUCAUAUUCAACAAGUAAGUUAUAAUAGGUUUGUGUAAAAUAAUUUUUCAACUAAAUUGUAACUUAUUGGGUUUUUAUUAAACUCAAAUAUUCUCUUAGAUACUUACAUUUAAUUGCUUAUUAAUUUCAAAUAUAUGACUAGUACUUCAUUUAAAACAUUCCUAGAUGUUCAAAUUUUGUUAUAAUUUAGAUUUUUCAAAUAUAUGAGUGUAACUUUUCAUCAGAAAAUGUGAAUUACUGUAGCUGAACAAACUAUUUUUCUAUUUUUCAUUGCUCUGUAAUAUUUUACAAUUUUCAUUAAAUGCUUGGUAUAAACUUGA